UAAGGUUAUUCCUCCCAGCUGUAGGACUCUGCACAUACCAUCAUUGAACCUCAUUGGGUUCCUCUUCAUCCAACUUUCCAGCCUGUCCUAUGGAUCAAAUACAAAGCUUAGAUCAAUACAAACUAAUAAAGUCACAACUGUACUUACUAAAUCUGUGUGCAUUUUCAAAGGUAUGGCCCUCAAGCCAUCGGAUUUGUUUUUCAGGUGGUCCUGUGUGGAGCCAGAAGCUGGGCUCAGUGAUCCUUGUGAAUCCUCUUCAACGCAGGAUGUCAUUUGGGGAUUUUGUGUCCUGAAAAUGGGCUCGUUUGGCUUUUUGUUUGGUUUUCUUUUUGUUUUCUUUUUCUGCCUAGAUUUAUAUUAGCUCCUUAUUUCUAGAGUCUGUGCUUACAUUUCUAAGGUAUUGAGUCCUUGCCUGUGAAACUGCGCUGCAGGAUUUGUUAAAGGAAUUAAUAUUUACUGGCAGCAUUAAUACUGGUCAGUCACUGCUUGUUGUUUAAGGAGAUUGCUCAGGAAGCCAUUACCAACAGGCUGUGAUUUGGAUUCACCAGGAGACCUCUCUGGAUUUUCUCAUAGGAACGACAGAAGCAAGAGGGGGGUCUGGACGAAGUGCUCUGCUCUGCUGCAGUGUGUGGGCUGCAGGCAGGGCAUUUACCUUUGUACAGACCAUUGACAUGCUCCUAAGGCCUUUGUUGCCACAAAAAUGUAAGAUUUUUCUUCUCCGAGGAUAAAGCGAUGGCUGAGAUGAGUAAUAGUAAUUUCAGCAAAACAACCACUAUUCAGCAGGCAGUGUCCUCUUGCUGCGGAGCUAUAAUUACAUCAUUGUUUGUAACUCCUCUUGAUGUUGUCAAAACUCGACUGCAAGCCCAAAGCAAUCCGUUCCCCAAAGGAAAAUGCUUUGUAUACUCCAAAGGCCAGAUGGAUCAUACGUGUGUUUGUGAGAAUGCAGAUGGCAAGGCAUGCUAUAAGAGAAAAGGGCAUUUCAAAGGGACUUUGGAUGCUUUUGUGAAAAUUAUUCAAAUAGAGGGAAUUAAAUCCCUUUGGAGUGGACUUUCCCCAACGCUAAUAAUGGCCCUUCCUACCACAGUAAUCUAUUUUACCUGCUAUGAAAAACUGAGUGAAGCUCUGAGGUCUAGACUAGGAGAGGAUAAUGACCACAUUCCACUUGUUGCAGGUUCCUUAAGCAGAUUUGGUUCAGUUACAGUAGUGAGUCCAUUGGAGCUGAUCAGAACUAGAAUGCAGUAUCACACCUUGUCCUACAAGCAACUGCACUUGAGCAUCAGGAGUAAAGUGGCCAGAGAAGGGUGGCUUUCCCUGUGGAGAGGCUGGAGCACUAGUGUUCUGAGAGAUGUGCCUUUCUCAGCAGUGUACUGGUAUAAUUAUGAACGUUUCAAGAAGAUGAUGUGCAAGAGUGCAGGUGCACGUGAACCAACCUUUGUGAUUGCUUUUACUGCAGGAGCAGCAUCGGGCUGUAUUGCAGCUGUCGUGACUCUGCCAUUUGACGUAGUGAAAACACAGAUGCAGACUGAAAUUUGGGAGAGUGAGACUUUACAAAAUCCACAGAGGGACUGUGCGUCUACCUGGGCAGUUAUGAGGAAAAUUGUUGCUCAAAAAGGGAUUGCUGGAUUAUUUGCUGGUAUUACUCCACGGCUGUUUAAAGUUGCUCCUUCUUGUGCCAUAAUGAUCAGCACAUAUGAAUAUGGGAAGGCUUUCUUCAGACAUUUAAAUGAAAAGACAAACCAGCAUCCUUAAGACUCCUUCAUCCAAUUGCAUGAAGUUGAAACACAUGGAGAAACUUCAUUUUUUCACUAUUUCACAAAGGAGAAAUUGGCUAUUUUUUCCCCCUUAAGAAAAAUACACGGCCUUGAAAUGGUUACUGAAAAUUUUGAGAGUUCUCUCUUGCUGCUACAAAGGGGGGGGAAAAAAAAAAGGCACUUGGACUGUUCCUCAGUGAUGAUUAAAAAGGAAAAAAAGAAGCCUGGCCAAAAUGAUGAAGAAUAACAAUUGCCACUCUUAAUCUUCAGUCUGACUAAAUAUUUUGUUGGAUGUUUAAAGUAAUGUUUAGACAAUACUGUAGGUAGCCCAAAGGAAGAGACAUCUCCAUAAGGAGGCUGACAGAGAGUAAAUUCAAUUUGCUUAAGCUUAAGCUUGCUUAAUACCUUUUCAAUUGCAUGAAUGUUUAUUUGCAGCUCCAUAAUUUGUGCAAAUGGAUACUUUUGAUUUUCAGGUUUAUUUAUAACAAGAAGUGUUUCAGGUCAAGCUGGAAGAAACAUAGUGGCUAUUAGAAUCCCAGAGAACAUCACGAAUCCACUGCCAAGUGCUGCAGUGGCUUUUUAGUUCAAGAUAAUAUUUUUAGUGCAUGCUGUUACUGGGAAGCACACCUAGGCACUGAAACCAGCUGUGCUAGUGUGCUGGAGGAACAUUCCAGAACAUUCACAUGUUUGUGACCCCCCCAUAACACCUUGUAGAUCCCAGAAAAGCUCCAAGACAGAGGCAGGCUCCCUUCCAGGGAGCAUUUCCCAUGCAUAGUUUGCACAGACAGCAAAGUCUUAUUCUACUCUGAAGGCGUCCCAGUGUGUGUUUCGCCUUGGUAAAAACUCAGCACACACUCUGAAAACGCCUUAUCUGUGGGGAGAGACAUUAGGCAAGAAGUUUACAGCGUAUGGUGCAGGCAGGACCUCUUGCCGUGGUAGACAUGUGACACUGUUCCUCCUGUUGUGAUUAUAAAAGUAAGUUUACACCUUAUUUUGAGCUUCUAUAGUCAAAAGAGCCAAGAGAACCAAAAGACAAAAAGCCGUAACAGCAGAUUUUGGGCCGCACAUGGGAUACAGCAACAACAUCUCUGUUGUCUGAGAAAGAAUUUGCUGCAAAUUCACUAAUACUGUGACUUGCCAAAUGCUGUUAUUUUACCUUUUGUUUGAUUAAAACAGAGACAAAAACUGGUGAUGAACGAUGAUACAAAAUGUUUAAUUUACAUGCAACAUUCAUGGAACGUCAAGGCAACAAAACAUACAGUUUGGGCAUUUUUUCAGUGUGGGUUUUUUUUUUUUUUUCUGAAAAAUGAUUAAUGUUUAAAACUGAGAAAGACACACAGCUGAUUUCCCAUGCACAAAAUGACACCCAGAAACUCACAGCAGUGUCAGACUACAUAAAAGACUUCAGUUAAA